CAGUUUUCCUCAGGCCAAAACAAUCUAUAAGAAAAACCCUUUCUUUCAAUCAGUUUUAGAUUUCUCUGUAUUCCUAAGCAUAAUAUUUGAUCAAAUAUCAUGUGGCGGAAGUUGGAGAAACUAGGUUCGGGUGGUUACGGCACUGUUUAUUACGCCGAGAAAGAUGACAACGCAGCCAGCUCCUGGUGGAAGCCGUCUAUCAAGGCGGCGGUGAAGGCGGCGCCGGAUUACGAAUCCGACAGCCUCCGUAGAGAAGCCGUGUUCCUGAAGAAACUCAAAGGGAAUCCGUACUUCAUCCAGGGUUACGGCGAAGACCUGAGCCUGGGCGAAGAAGAAGGCGAAUACACGUACAAUCUAUUUCUAGAGUACGCGUCAGGAGGCACGCUGAAAGACCUGAUCCGCAGUUACGCCGUGGACCAAGGUUCCGUGCCGGAAUCUCACGCCGCGUACUACGCGUACCUGUUGCUCAGGGCGCUCUCUUACCUGCAUCGCAACGGAAUCAUUCACUGCGACGUUAAACCUGACAAUGUUCUUGUAUUCCCCACGAAUAACGGGCCGUUUAUGAACCACAUUAAACUUGCUGAUUUCGGGAUGAGUAAGCUCGGGAUGGAUGAUGACAUGGAAGACGCUAUUCCGGGGACGUCUUAUUACGCGUCCCCAGAAGGGGUACAAGGCACGUCCGCGGAUAUAUGGUCGUUCGGGUGCACUGUUCUUGAGAUGUUAAACGGCGGAGAAGAUAUUUGGGACGACGACGACGACGACGAUCAAUUUUUACCGGUGCCUCAGAUACCUGGAUCCGUAUCUGAAACCGCAAAGGAUUUCUUGGAAAAAUGCUUCCGACGUGUGGAUGGGAGAUGGAGUGCUGAGAGGCUUCUGAAACAUCCCUUCAUUCAAAGCAUCAUCACAAUGAUUCCUCCUCCAGGGUUUGAGCUCAAGAAUCUAGAGAGCUCCAAUGUUGAUCCUUUUGGUUCUUCAUGGAGUGUUACACAAGGACUUCUAUCCUAAGAACUAUAGCAUCAUAAUAAUUUGUAAUAGUUUAGAUCAUGUUUAAUUAAUUAUACAAGUAAAAGAAGUCUACCUUGGUUAUUUCUUUUAUGUAUGGUUUUACGGGCAAGUUAGGUAACAACUGAUCUUUUGUAUUGUGAUUGACAAACUACUAAGAAGUAUGUUGAAAUAUUAUUAUUA